GCGAGAGAGAAAGAGAACAAGCGGGGAGGGAUGGUCACGCUCCCCGUGACCUAAAGCCCCCCAGUCUCCUCUUCUUUAACGUCACAAGGUGCGCGCAACAAAAACCAGCCACCAUCAACUGAGUUCUUCACAUCGCGACGCGCACGAGCCACCAUCAGCUGAGACUGUCACAACUCUUCUGUCCACACACACACAUGGAUACGCUGGUACUGGACUUUUAUUUCUAACUGCCAGGAGUUUAAUGGAUAUUAGUAAUAGCGCAAAAAAAACAAAAAGGAUUUAGGUCGUGAGCUCAGACUCUCAAAUUGAUUUGAAGGCGGGAAGCGCGAGCGCUGAGAGGAAUGAAGCACGAGAGUGGACACCGAGCCAAUAAACAGAAGCAGCCCGCUGAAACGGUCGCCGUAACGUCGUCAUGGAACUGAUGGAGGAAACGUAAAAACGGACUCUCAAAAGAAGUUAAAACGUUUAACACGUAAGAAAAACAGAAACAUUAAGAAAAGAAGCUGCAUUUCCUCAAACAAUCCGUUGGUUUCAGAACUUGGACAGCUCCCUCGUGCAGCCGCCUACACACAGUUACCAAAACGACCGUGUGAGGAUUCAUUGAAAUUACUGAACAAAACUGACCCAGUUCUUCUCGGUAUUCACCCCCAGAACAUCGACACGCCAUGACCGGUGUACUUCUGGGAGAGAAGCAGCUUUUUGAGAAGUUCUGGAAGGGCACGUUCGAAGCCGUGGCAAUGCCGAGACCCGAGAGCAUCAUCAUCGCCAGCAUCACCGCACGAAGAGCCGUGACAAAAUUGGAGACAGCAGUUAGCCUCGCACCCAAAGUUGAAGAGGAGAAAGUGAAAACGAAAGACACGGUCACAAAAAAACAUGAGAAAAAGGGACACACAAAACGCAGAGGAAGCAAACGCCACAGUCACCGCCGAGCUCGCAGUGUGUCUCUUGAUGCCGAACUUUCUCCUCGGCCAGUGCCUAGAACGAAAAAGAAGAAGAAGAAGUCACAGAGGAAGAGGAGGAGACACAGAUCUCCCUCCUGCAGUCCAUCACCUGUGAGGAAGAAGAAAAAGAAGAGCUCAAAGAAAAGGAAGCGACAUAGGUCUGCCUCAAGGAAGGGAAGGCACAGUGGAUCGAGUCCCAGACGUAAAAGAAAGGAGGAGAAAAAACAUAAAAAGAGGUCAAGGAGCCACUCUCAUCGGCACCGGCGCCGUAAAGCUGAAAUUAGGAGUUCCUCCUGCAUGGAAAACAGAUAUGAAGAUUGUGAAAAAUCUGGUUUCCAAGACGGUGGCCAUUCAUCAGCUGUCCAUGGAGGCGAUGCAUGCAGGUCGGCAAUCAAGCUGACCAAUAAAAUCUCCUCUAAGUGCUGCUGCCACUUUUCUGAAAGCACCGUCUCACCAUCACGUCAUGGGGUUAAGGGUUUAAACAAAAUGAUGAUCGUCCAGGACUCAAUAUCCAAUAAGGGCAAAGGUCAGGCAGAUUACGAUUCGGGAAAUGACACGUCCUCUCCACUGUCAAGUAAAACUGGCAUCACAAGGUCAAAAGUGACCAGAAUUGGAAAGUUCUCUUGUCAGGAUUUAACAUGUCCUGAGAAGCUUAGACUAGCCGAUGGGGACAAUGCCUCGGAUUCAGGCAACUCACUAACCAGCUAUGACUCUCUGGGUAAACCAGUACUCAGAGAAAAUACCCUACACAGCUCUGUCUUCAACAAGUUUAAAGGUGAAGAAACAGGCAGGCACGCUGAUUUGGAGAAGACACAGCCUCUGAGUCUCGUCACCGAUAGGAAUCGGAGUCCGUCUUAUGAUAGAUAUCAGGAUCGAACGAGGUCCCGCAGCAGAAGCAUAUCAUCCCAAAGCAGAUACUCAGGGCGCUAUUCCAGAAGCCGAUCCCUGUCCUCAGGGAGGAGAUCAUAUUCCCGUUCGUCCAGUUAUUCGCUGGAUUCACGGAGAGACAGUCUGUCUAGUGCGAGCAGUUGCCGCAGUCUAAAUUACUCACGGUGCACACCAGACAGGUUUCGAGAGCAGAAAAGAGACUGCAGUUCCUGCAAGAGUAGAAAGCACAGCAGGAGAAGACCUUGUUCCCCUAUGAGAAAGAGAAGAAGAGAUUCCCCCAGCCACCUGGAAGCCCGUAGAAUUACAAGUGCCAGAAAGAGGCCCAUCCCUUACCAUCGUCCCAGCCCCUCUGUCAGCAGCAGAUCCUCCAGCCUCCUGUCCUGGCGCCUGUUUUCUCUCGGACGCAGUCGUUCACGGAGUCGCAGUCGCAGUCGUGAGACUUCUUCUUCAUACAGGAGCUACAGUCGCAGCUCAUCGUUGAACUCUGUAUAUAGCAGACGCAGUCGCAGUCGGAGCAGAAGCUAUGACUCAAUUGUGAGCUACAGCAGAGCCCGCCGCUAAUUCACGGAUGAACCAGAUGCAGGGAUGCUGAGCUACAGCACGAGCCCGGGACCGCGUCUUAUUGUAACUGGAAAUGAAAUGGAGCAGCACUGAGAACAUGCUGUGCUUGGAUGUGGAACACCAGGCAGUGACAGGAUCAUCUGUUCAGUGUCAGAUAAGACUGAAGCUUCUAUAUUGUUGUGUACUAAACUGUGUGCUUUCAUCCAUCCCGCUCAAAGGAAAAGAAAAA